GCCUGCGCUUCCUCCUUCGUCUCAUUCCACCCAACCGUACGAUCUCCUCUUUGUAUAAAUAUGUCGGCCGAGACAUGAUUUACUCGUGCACAACUAUUUUCGUCAUUGGUCGUUGUCGAGUCGUUACUGCGCCCGAAGAACGAAACGAGAGUCUGUGGUGUCAGGGUCAAGGAUUCCUUCUUCGUUGUGCGUUUUGUAUACGCGUUGAUGGACAAAGCCUCGAUUCUGUCGCUCUGCAUCGAUCGAUGACGUGAAAUGGUGCGUGGAUAUCAUUAUGGAAAUUGUUGAAACAAUAGUGGAUUUCGAGAGGAAUAUUUCAUUCAUUGUAAAAUGAAAAUUUGUAGAACAAAGAUCAAAAAGAUUUGGGAAUACGAGAUCUAAUAAUAUAAUAUUCCACGAUGUUUAUCUGGCGUGCACUUAAUAAAAUGAAAAUAUCGCGUGUCAACGAAUAUCAUAGUAUUCCCCAACUCUUUCCUUUUCACGAUACAUUAAAAAAAUUAAAAGAUUAGAAUUCUGAUUAUUGUCCUUUUUACUAUUCGAUGUUUUAGUUAAACUUUGCUUGCGAAUCGAUGCAGACGUGUUAUUAUCGUGUCAGUUUCAAAUCGACGAGGGAUCCAAAAAUUCUCUCGAUUCCCUCUUUUAUUGAGAAGAACGAUGAUGCUGAUCGAGUGAAGUUGCUCGACGGGAAUUUAAACGUUUCAAAAGUUUUUGAACGCAAGUUUGGAUACUUGAUACAAGGAGAGGAAUGGAAUUUUCGAAUUUGAUGCAUCUUCUAAACAACAGGGAUGUCACGUUCUUUCCAAUGACACCUCCAAAGAAGAAAAAUCGAAAAUUAACGAAAAUUAACACGGUUGUACUGAGCCUACCAUUGUCCGAUGCACGCAUCAUCAAUCUGGUUCUACUCGUUCUGGGCACCAGUUUAAACCUUUUGAUCAUUUUGAUAAUCGUUUGUGUACCUUCCGCGAGGACAUCCAAGAAUUUCUACAUCGUCAGCCUAGCCUGCUCGAGCAUGAUUAUAUUAAUCGAACCUCUGGAAGAAAUAUUGAAAUGGUUCUUCGACGUGAAUAUGAAACUGAAUAUGGAUUACGUGUGUAUAAUCAACUUCGACAUUUCCAUUAUCACGAUCGUCGUUUUGAAGUUCGUGCAAUACGUUAGCAUCUUUCGGAAUCAAAUAUCGUUUGGCCACGUAUUGUUGAAGAAGUAUACAACCGUGAAAGGCAUUCUGUUGAUUUGGUCUUCGUGCAUUAUUUCACUCGCUAUUUCCCUUCAUAUAUACGAUUAUUUCGAGGAAGAUAUGCCGGAUAUUUACAUAUGCAUCACGAUCAUGUUCAUUACCAUGCCGUUGAUCAUAUCCGCGUCCAUAGACGCGUUGAUCAUUUACGAAUUGAAGAUAUUGAAAAAAAUCGAAGGAUCGUGGAGGAUGAACGAGUUGAGGCACUAUAUUAUGUUGGUGGUAAUCACAAUCGCUUUUAUCCUGAUACGAAUACCGUAUCGAUUGGCUAGAGCGAUCAAUUUCUUAGAGCCUAAGGCAUCGUGCUGCACAGACGAUAAAAGAGAGGUGCUCUAUUUCAUGGCCAAGAUGUAUCCCUUCGUCUUCUCGCUCAUUUAUAUCUCGUUAUCGAAUGAAUUUCACGAAAUCAUAAUGACGAUUCUAAAAAACGGGUGUCAAAAAUUUCCUAGAGAAAUUCGAAUAUCUUCCAAUGAUAACGUAAUUGUAUGAUAUAAAUAUCAAUGCGUCAUUACACACAUAUAUUUCUGAUUAAAAAUAAAUGGAUGAAAAGAAUCAUUUGUCAAAGAAGAGAUUAAUUAUAAAAAUAUUCGAUCAUAUUUCAUAUUUCCAUUCGGCCCGUAGUUAUAUGUAUUAACAUCAAAAAAUGUAUUUAUAGCACAUCCCUGCAUGAAUUACUCAAAAGCUCGAACCACUGCUCUCAAACAUGAAAGACGUGCUUUGUGAACGAAGUUAAACUUGAAACAUGUAUCCCGCAAGUUGAUAUUCAUAACAUAGUGAGAACAAGAGUAUCUCAAACUCUUGAAUAUUAUUUAAGUACUUGCACCUAAUAAAAACACGCAUCAUGGCUAAAUUAAGAAGAAAAAAAAGGAAAAAAAAAGAACAAGGAUCUCACAGUGUUUUAAUCUCAAGUUUUACGCGUUUAAAAUCCGUUGAUUUUAAUUUAAUUUACGUACAAUGUAUCGAUACAUCAGUUGAAGGAUUGGAUGGAAUCAUCAAAUAUCGAUUGAGACUUAUAUUUAUUAAAUGAUUAAGUAUUUACGAGCAAUUUAAGUUAGAUGGAGAAUGAAAUGCAUGGAGAGCUUACAUCGAUAAUGCAAAUUUCAUUUAUUCAUAAACUUAAUAAAUAAACCUCGAUCGAUAUUCUUAUAUAUUCCGUAUUACUGUUUCAGCUCCUUAAGAUCGAAAUACGUGAAUACAUCUACGUAUAUUAACACUCCAUAUACCAUACUGAAAUAUAGUUCGAUGAAAAUCAACUUUAAAACCAUCGCGAUACGCAAUACAUUUCCAUUGAUUUUAGAGUCAGAAAUCUGCACGAUAACUUGUUCGAUAAAAAUUUAUCCUAAUUGUACCAACAGAAAGAAGAAAAACUGCUUGAAAGAUUACAAAAUACGUCGAAGAAUCUCGAAGCAGCCAAUAAAACACUCGUUUAACUCGAUAUAUAUAGGGACAAGUGGUCGUGAAAACGAUAUAUUAAAAUAAUGGAGGCGAAACAACUUGGCCUUGGUCCAUUCGAAGAACGUUUUCCGCCCAUUACGAGCAACACCAAGGGGUGGACGAAAUUUGCAAGAGUGUCUCUUACAGAGCUUCUCUCUCGUCGCAAAGUCGUGAAUUCAUUGCGCUCUCUGUAUGCAAAUUAGGCCCCCUUUGGGCGCGUCUGUCGAGUGCAUAAGUCGAUGGAGAGGCGCACAUACGUGGAAACACGCGUGUGUUCGGGUCGAAACGACCACGUCCACUUUGUAUCCGCCUGUAUCUCGCCGAGGAAAAAUAGCUCGAGUCGUAAUCUGUUGGCCGGCGCAUCGCGAAAUCGUUACGAACGCCUCGAUUGUUCGCCCGUUACGAUAGCGACACGACGAGACUUACACGCUCCGCUUUAAACGACAAACGUGACCUCUCGAGAUAUGCCGUACGAUUCCAGAUAUUCCCCGUGAAUUUUUCACGCGUGGAACGAUGCCACAUCGAUAUUGCGAGCGUUGGAAAAUUUAUGUAACGUUUUUUUUUUUUAAAAAUAUAUCUUCUUCUCGGGGAAGGAGAUAAGGAUCGGCUGGAAGAAACGAAGGCGCAUGAAUUUUGGAAAAUUUGGUUUCUUCUUCCGUUUCAUGGAAAUCUUGUGAGAUCGUAUAUGAAUUCGAAGAGUUUGGCGAAUUCGUCUUUGGAACGGAUUACGUUAUAAAGAGUUCCAUCCGAGAAAAAUAAGAAUUGGGUUGAAAUGUCGGAGGCCAUCUCCAUCUAGACAAGACUUCUAUAUAGGGAUGUCGCACGUAAGAUCUAUUUGAUUCUCUAUCUGCUCAAAUAAGGAAUGGUUCUCGAGAUAAUUGCUUAAACAUCGUACGAUGAGAUGGAAUAAUUGUAAGAGAUUGUGCUGCCUUGAAUGAGUGAAAUUGAAAAAGUAAUUUCUAUUCUAUUUUUCUUCGGUUCAAUUUAUAUUAAUUGUUAUUGCAAAAGAAAAGAAAGAAAAAUUAAAAAUUAUGUUGGCAUAUUUUA